AUGACACCUGUUUCAUUGCCACCGGGAUUCCGUUUUCAUCCAACUGAUGAGGAACUUGUGGCUUAUUAUCUAAAAAAGAAGAUCAAUGGGCAUAGGAUUGAGCUUGAAAUCAUUCCAGAAGUUGAUCUCUAUAAGUGUGAGCCAUGGGACCUGCCAGGGAAGUCAUUAUUGCCAAGCAAAGAUCUCGAAUGGUUCUUCUUUAGCCCUAGAGAUCGUAAGUAUCCGAAUGGGUUGAGGACUAAUCGUGCAACAAAAGCUGGAUACUGGAAGGCCACUGGAAAGGAUAGAAAGGUGAACUCACAAACGAGGGCUAUCGGGAUGAAGAAAACCCUAGUUUACUACGGAGGUAGAGCUCCUCAUGGAACUCGAACUGAUUGGAUUAUGCACGAAUAUCGAUUAGAUGAAAGGGAAUGUGAAAAUGCCAACGGCUUGCAGGAAGCUUACGCGCUUUGCCGUGUAUUCAAGAAGAGUUUGAACGGCCCGAAAAUUGGCGACCAAUAUGUGACCACAGCCAGUGAGCGAUCCUCCAGCAUCGACAUGUACUCUCAAGGAAAAUUUGAUGAUUUUGAUAUCUCAGACUAUCAAAUGCCAUUAGGAAGCUGCUCAUCCAGUGCUACCAAUGCCUCUCAGAUGAAUACAAAUGGCCCAGAUGAUGGAAGAUGGACACAGUACUUAUCCGAAGAGGCAUUUGGUUUCAUCAAUAAUCCAUAUUCCCAGUGUUCACCAACACCAUAUACACCCUCCAAGGUUGAUUUAGCAAUAGAGUGUGCAAGGUUACAACAUCGUUUUACAUUACCACCAUUGGAAAUCCAGGACUUCCCACAGUCUGGUUUGUCACAUUCUAAUGCUUUUCGUGAAAAUACAAAUCAACCUACAGAUAUAGUGGAGGAAAUUCUUUCAGUUGCUCAAGCUUCUCACGAGUUUCAAAAUCAAGACACAUGGGGCGGAAUUUAUGCUCCGGCUGAAGAUUUUUCCUUUCCGCCACAUGAUAACCAAAUACAUGGUAUUGGUUACUUCAAACAUAUGGACAACUUAGGAGACGAACCAAAUCAUAGGUCUAUCAAAAUUGAAGAAAAGGAUGAAGUUUUCGCAUCAGAGAGAACAGCUGAAACCUUGAGAUGUAUGGGGAUGUCGAACAAGGAACUUGAAAAGACCUUUUAUGAGGAAUACGAAACAGUUCCAGUGGAGAAUAGUUCUAAUUUUCAUGAUUUUCAAGGAGGAACCAGCAAACUAAACUUUGACACUGAUAUCAUUUAUACAAAUCAAAAUGAUAUGUCUGCUGAAUUUGUGAAUGAAAAUGCGACUGACAACUUCUUGCCGGAUGGAAACAUUGUUGACUAUUCAAGCACUCAGAGUUUGACAGUGUGUGAAAAAACUGAAAUAAACCAUGGAUUGCUCGUUUCAACUAGACAAGCCCCCAAGACAUUGUAUCAACAAGUGGUGCCUUCAAGGACCGUUCGAGUAUAUCUAAACCCCAAGAUGGUUCAUGGUAGUAUUCCUUCGCCGAAAUUGGAUUCCAGGAACAGAAGAUUAUGUGACAGUUUCCUCUCAUUUUCAAGAAAUAUGUUGUGUGGUGUAUUAGAAGUCCUUACCUCAACCUUGAUUUAG